AAUAACAUGGAGAUGGCAUUGAAACUUGGCCAGAUAACUCCAUUUUUAAAGGUCAAUAUUCUAUGGGCAAGAAGCAUGGCCACGGGGAGUUCCAAUGGAAGGAUGGUUCUAAGUAUAUAGGAGAUUUUGACAACAAUCUGAUUCAAGGCUAUGGAGAGUACACUUGGUUUGAUGGGAGAAAGUACAUAGGGGCAUGGAAGAACAAUAAAAUGGAUGGCCAAGGAGUAUAUGAAUAUAUAAAUGAGUAAUAGAUUUUCACAUGGUUGGAUGGCAGAAGAUACAAAGGAGAGUAUAAAAAUGACAAAAAGGAUGGCUACGGAGAAUUCAAAUGGCCUGAUGGGAGAGUACUAUCAAAGUUUAUUGUUAGAUUUAUCGCGGAUAAUGGCAGAAUGGCAAAUAGCAUGGAAUAGGAGUUUACAUAGGGGAAUCGAAUGUGGAGAAACAAGGAAUUUGGGAACAAGGGAAGAGAGUUAGAUGGAUUCAUAAAGGGGAAUCUAUUAUUACUGAUUGA